GAAGCCGGGCGCACAUUGAUGACAUCACCACAGUAAUGCUGACGCUGCUACUGUAGAGGUUGUCGCCCAUCCAAAAUAUUAACUAGUAUUAUUAUAGGUUUUCUAAUCGUUUUUCCAAAAUGAGCACCAUGUUUGCAGAUACAAUUCUAAUCGUGUUCAUAUCUAUUUGCACAGCAUUAUUAGCGGAAGGAAUAACAUGGGUUCUGGUGUACCGCACAGACAAAUACAAGAGACUAAAGGCUGAGGUUGAAAAACAAAGUAAAAAACUGGAGAAAAAGAAGGAGACUAUUACAGAAUCAGCUGGGCGUCAACAGAAGAAAAAAAUUGAGAGACAAGAGGAGAAACUGAAGAACAAUAACAGAGACUUGUCUAUGGUCCGGAUGAAAUCGAUGUUUGCCAUUGGCUUUUGCUUCACUGCUUUGAUGGGCAUGUUCAAUUCCAUCUUUGAUGGUCGUGUUGUGGCCAAACUUCCAUUUGUCCCAUUGUCGUAUAUCCAAGGUCUCUCACACCGUAACCUCCUUGGUGAAGAUUACACCGACUGUUCCUUCAUCUUCCUCUACAUCCUGUGCACCAUGUCGAUUCGACAGAACAUCCAGAAGAUGUUGGGUCUCGCCCCCUCCCGUGCCGCCACCAAACAGGCUGGAGGAUUUUUAGGACCUCCUCCACAAGCUGCCAAGUUUUCAUAAACUGUAGUUACCAACAAAGCAAAAAACAAAAAGAUGAGACACUCAGCUGUACAAUGUGUGAGCAACACUCUGUGUGAGAGUAUGAUAGCCACAGAAGUCAUGAACAUUUGUGUUGUACUCUCAAUUCUAACAGAAAAUGCUUGAGCAAUGUAGUUCUGAAUGUAAAUUUAGUCUUAAGCCUUUCUUUAAACCUUUUUGUUGCUCAGAAGGAUAAAAAGAUUCUUUGUUGAAACUAAUAUUAUUUUAUGAUAAAUUACCAGCAAUAUUAAUUAAUGAAUAACAUUCAUAAUGAAAAUUUGAUAGAAUAGUUUCACCCAUGGAUUCUGUUUAUCUUUUUUUUAUUGUCUGUUAAUGUUUAAGUUAAAGGAUUUUUGUGAGUCUAGAUCUUGUGCGUUUGUUUGUCUGUAUUUUGUUUAUGUCACUAUUUAAUGUACAAAAUACAUUUGUACAGAAAUAAAAUUGACUAAGCAAAGAG